CAACCUCUCCUUAACGGAGAUCCAAAUCUAUGAUUAUCACGAUGAAACACCAUUGCCUUCUUCUCCUCUCUCUUAUCUUGGUGUCUUACGCUACGCGUUCGGAAGGGGCGCCGGGGGGGUGGGAGCCCAUCAAGGACGUGAAAGAGCAGCAUGUGGUGGAGAUCGCGGUGUAUGCAGUGAGUGAGUACGAUAAGCGUUCUGGUGCGAAGCUGAAGCUGGUGAGCGUGUUGAAGGGCGAGACCCAGGUGGUGGCCGGCACCAACUACCGCCUGGUGUUGAAGACGAAGGGCGGAUCCGCCACCACCAAUUACGAGGCCGUCGUGUGGGAGAAACCUUGGCUCAAUUUCAAAAACCUCACUUCCUUUAAACCCCUUCCCGCCUAGAUAACAAUCCCCAUCUUCAUUUCACUCCAGUUGAGUUGUGCUCUUUUCUCUAUUAUCAAAUCCAUUCCCACCCAAUUUCUUGUUUUUCUUCCUCAAUAAACCUGGGAUGUGCUAAGUUUGUAAUAGUUAAUGUAAUUAUUGUCGUAUAAUAUAAUGAAUUCUUCUAUCCCUCUA